AUGUCACCACCGGCUUUCACCGGAGAAGGGGGACCACUCUCAGUAGGCGACUGGUUCCUUAGGCUGGAGCUCAUCUUUCUCUUGAUGGCGUGUACCGAGGCCCAGAAGGUGGUCUGUGGGGAAUACAUGCUAGAGGGCGAAGCUGGACAGUGGUGGGAAGACUAUUGGCGCCUAAAGCCAGUAGACGAGCGAGACGCUUUGACUUGGGCGCAACUCAAGGUGAUCAUCACGGAGAAGUACUAUCCUCGUCAUUUUCGUGACCAGAUGGAGAGAGAGUUUAUGAGCCUUAGUCAGGGGAACCGCACUGUGGCAGAAUACGAGCGGGAGUUCUCCCGUUUGAGCGCAUUUGCCCGACAUCUAGUGGAUACAGAAGAGAAGAAGGCCACUCGUUUCCUGUAUGGCCUUAAACAAGACCUCCUCAUGCUAAUAGCCGGCCACGGAUAUCUGACUUAUGCCGAGACAAUUGAGAGGGCCCAGCGACUCGAGAUGUGCCAGCAGAUGGGGUCCCAGUCACUCUCCGUUCGACCCGCUGACAUAGCCCAACCAUCCAACAAUGCCGGGAAGAGAAAGUGGAUUGAUGAUCGCAAAGGGAAGGGCAAGAAGAACAGGCAAGACAACAGACCACCCCAAGCAACCCAACCAAUCCAGCAGGUACAAGCCGACCGCCCACCGUGUGCUACCUGCGGCAAAGGACACAGGGGAGAGUGCUUAGCUGGCAAGAACAUCUGCUUCAGGUGCAAGAGGCCGGGGCACAUGGCUCAGAAUUGCCUCGAGCACGGUCGGGAUCAGCAGCAGCAGCCAGGACCAGGAGGUAGAGCCCGGGUGUUCGCAUUGACCCAAAAUGAGGCCGCAAAUAAUCAAGGUACUAUGUAUGGAAUGCUUUCUGUGCAUGGUAUACCUGUAUUCGCAUUGUUUGAUACCGGAGCAACGCACUCCUUUAUUUCAUCGAGUUGUUUGGAGGCGAUCGGAGUCCAGAGUGUGAGUGCAGUCGAUGCCCUAGAGGUUAGCCUAGCCUCGGGAAAGACGAUUGUUACGAACUCUAUAGUGCAGGAAUUGAAGAUGAACAUCGGUGGACGAGAUCUGGAGGCCGACACCUACGUCAUCAACAUGAAGGACUUUGACAUUAUUCUGGGGAUGGACUGGUUGACAAAGUACCGUGCCGACAUCAGCUGCCACCAGCGAGAGGUGACAUUGCAUUUGCCAGGAGAUGACCGAAUCGUGUUUUUCGGAGCCCAGACUAGGACUGUACCCAGAGUUGUAUCUAGCAUGAAGGCGAUGAAGAAUCUUCGAAAGAAGGGAUGUCAGGGCUACUUAGUGAGUGCCGUCGGGAGCCAGAAGGAGGAGCCGUCUCCCGAGUCAGUGCCGAUCGUUUGUGAAUACCGCGAUGUUUUUCCAGAUGAGCUUCCAGGAGGGCCACCGAAUAGACAAGUGGAAUUCACUAUUGACUUGAUCCCCGGAGCCGGACCAGUGUCCAAAGCACCAUACAGGAUGGCACCGAAGGAGCUGCAAGAGCUCAAAACCCAGAUUCAGGAGUUGCUCAAUCUCGGAUUCAUCCGGGCGAGCGUCUCGCCAUGGGGUACGCCUGUACUUUUCGUGAAGAAGAAGGAUGGCACGUUGAGAAUGUGCAUCGAUUACCGAGAGCUGAACCGGUUGACCGUAAAGAACAAGUAUCCUCUUCCGAGAAUAGAGGACCUCUUUGACCAACUGAGGGGAGCGAGCGUAUUUUCGAAGAUUGAUUUACGAUCGGGCUACCAUCAGUUGAAAAUCAAGGAGGCAGACGUAUCAAAGACGGCGUUCAGAACGAGGUAUGGUCACUAUGAGUUCGUAGUGAUGCCGUUCGGGUUGAGUAAUGCACCGGCAGUAUUUAUGGACUUGAUGAAUCGGGUCUUCCAUCCAUACUUAGACCGGUUUGUUAUCGUUUUCAUCGACGACAUCCUGGUUUACUCGAGAGACGCCGACCAGCACGCCGAGCAUUUGAGGAUCGUGCCAGAGACCCUUCGCAAGGAGAGGCUAUAUGCGAAAUUUUCCAAGUGUGAAUUCUGGUUGGACCGAGUCGCCUUCCUCGGUCACAUUGUUACCGCCAAGGGAAUCGAAGUGGAUCCCAGCAAGAUAGAGGCAGUAAGCAACUGGAAUACUCCGAAGAAUGCCGGUGAGAUUCGAAGUUUCUUGGGUCUUGCUGGUUACUAUCGGAGGUUUAUUGAGGGCUUCUCGAGAAUAGCCCAACCAUUGACCCAGUUGACAAAGAAGGAGACCAAGUUCGUGUGGACUUCCCGGUGCGAGCAGAGCUUUCAAGAGUUGAGAGCUAAGUUGACCACCGCACCUGUGUUGACUAUUCCCGACCCUACCUUGGACUUCACCAUAUAUAGUGAUGCUUCAAACCAAGGAUUGGGUUGUGUGUUGAUGCAGCAGGGGAAAGUAAUAGCUUAUGCUUCGAGGCAGCUGAAGCCUCACGAGCAGAACUACCCGACACAUGACUUGGAGCUUGCAGCAGUAGUUCAUGCAUUGAAGAUCUGGCGGCACUAUCUCUACGGAGGAAAGUGCGAGAUUUUCACCGAUCAUAAGAGCCUGAAGUACAUUUUCACGCAGAAGGAGCUCAACAUGAGGCAGAGGCGAUGGCUCGAGUUAGUCAAGGACUACGACUGCACCAUUAGCUAUCACCCAGGCAAGGCUAAUGUG